CUAGAAGCCCCUCUAACAUAAGGCGUGGUUGACAGCGCUAGUUCGCCGUGGCCCCGAUCGCGGGCGGUACUUCAACAUGGUCGUACUACCUACAUAUCCGUACAUACAUAGGCACACGCCAGAUACCCUGAAUUUACGUUGCGCAAGGCUGCAUCUUUCCAUUCACAGACGCUGCAGCGGAGAUCAAUCAAUUCAGUUAUCCUAGGAGCACCCCAAACCCCGAAACAAAAUGUCGGCAAUGCAGGCAGCCAACCGGCUCCGGACGGCCUUCACCAAGGGCGGCCCCAGCUUUGGGCUAUGGCAGAUGAUCCCCGGUGCCAAUGUUUCUCGGGUCCUUGCCAAGAGUGCAGGCGUGGACUGGGUCCUGGUUGAUUGCGAGCAUGGAAACAUUGACGAUGGCGCCAUGCAUGAUGCUGUGCCCGCCAUUGCCGCGGCCGGUGUGUCCCCAAUCGUGAGGUUGCCGGAUAUGCAGGGAUGGAUGGUCAAGCGAGCCUUGGAUUGCGGCGCUCACGGGAUCCUCGUCCCCCUUCUCCGAACCGCCCAGGAGGCCAAGGACCUGGUCCAGGCCGCCAAGUUCCCGCCGUGGGGACGCCGGGGUUUCGGCUCGCCGCUGGCCAUGGAGCGGUUCAGUCCGGCGCCGAGCAUGACCGAGUAUCUCCAGCACGCUAACGACAGCCUCCUGACCAUGGUCCAGAUCGAGACCAAGGAGGCGCUGGAGUCCAUCGAAGACAUCGCGGCGGUCGAGGGCAUCGACGUGCUCUUUAUCGGACCCUUUGAUCUUGGAAACAACAUUGGUCACCCCGUGAUCAACGGUAUCAUCAAGAAGGAGCUGAGCGACGCCAUUGACCGCAUCCUCGAGGCGACGCACAAGGCGGGAAAGAAGGCAGGCAUCUUCUGCACGAGCGGCGAGCAAUCCAAGUUCUUCGCGGACAAGGGUUUCGACAUGAUUAGCGUGGCGACGGAUUACACGGCAUUGCAGUUUACAUUGUUGGAGUCGUUGAGCAUUGCCAGGGGGGCGGCGAAGCCAGCCAAGGGUGGAUCGUACUGAACUGAUGCCGGGAGGAAGGGGAGGAUACAAGAGGGCGUGACGCGUAGCGAAGGGGGAUUAGGUAGGCUGUGCUGUUUGCCAGGGAUGCUUGGUCCGCCCGCCGAACGAAUCCUUCGGCUAAGCAAUGGUGUGGCCGCUCUGGAGAAAGAGGCAAAAAACAAAAAACACUCUCUAACGCUUCACUUCUUGCACUCGACUUGAUCCAUCUUGGCCUCGAUCUGAUCCGGAUCGAAGCGAUGCAUAAGCUUGACGGCCUUGCCCACUAGCUUGGGGUCCUCCUCAGGAGCCUCGGCUUUGCUGAUGUGGAUCUGGGGGACAUCAAAGUCAUACAGGUCCCUCCAGCUCUUCGCGUCCGGCGCGGUGAUGUUGAUCUCCGUAAAGGCAAAUGGCCUCCUGUCCCAAACGUUGGAGAGCGCCGAUUUGGCGCGUACGCACAAGCCGCACCCAUCGCGGGCGAAAAGAGUGAUCCGGCAUGCGUGAGCCUUCUGGAAGAGUCGACGUGUGGGCGUGAACAUUGUUUCUGGUUAUUGAUCUUGAAGAUCGUCGUAGACUUGGAUGGCGAUGAUCCGAGGAGUUUCUUGAUUGACUCCACGCUUGACGUCUAUCCCGUCCACACACGCACAAACACACACACGCAGAGGGUACGGUGCCAAAGCAAGGACGGAGUGCUGGGAGGGGAAAGAAGCUCGCAGGCUAUGAAACAGCUUCGUUCUCGCUCAGCUGGGCAAGGAAGGACGACGGCGCCAGAAACGAAUGCUGGCGUCCAGGGAUCAGGGUCGACAGGGCGUAGCGACGUCUGUGAUCGAAUUUGAAAUUUUGUGAAUGUGAGAUGAUGGGCUUGCCACGAUCUGCCAGCCGACGUGAGGGUGUGGGAGGAACGCCCGUUUGUUGCUGUUUCAAACGAGUCCGAUUCUGAUUUGGGAUCACCGUGACAAGAACAGAGUUGCAGUCGUCCAGAGUGAUAUUGUGAUGGCGAAAUGGGCCAAAGGUAAAGUGUGGGUGAGAUGGUCGUGUGUUUCCGACUGAACUUCCUCCCAC